AUGUCUCGGUCUCGCAAGCGUCGGUGCUUCAUGCUUGAGGAAGGCUCUGAGACCCAGGAUGAGGGCCAGUGCCCCAGUGGCCGUCGGAUCGCUGUCCCCGUGGAGGAGGAGGGUUCUUCGUCCUCCUCCUCCUCUUGCUCCUCCUCUUUUCCCUCCUCUACUUGUUCUUCUCCCUCCUCUUCCUCUGGUACUUGCUCUCCUUUAGUGUCACACUCCCCAGAGGAUAAUGCGCUCACUGCUGGGAAUCCAGUUUGCCCUGAUAGUCCUCAGGGAGCCUGUUCCUCUUUCUCGGCCUUGGCCUUGGCCUCCAGGGUGCAGAGCCCAUUCGAUGAAUAUUUCAGUGGCCAAGGCGGCGAGGGUGCAGGCAGCUCCCAGGAGCUGCCAGGUGUUGUGGUUAUGUCUGAUAGGGAGAGAGAUGAGAAGGUGAACACUCUGGUAAGCUUCCUACUCCUCAAGUAUCAAAGGAAGGAACCAGUGACACAGGCAGAAAUUAUGGGUGUCAUCAAUAGUCACAGCCAGUUCUCUGUGAUUUUCAGUGAAGUGUUUGAGUGUUUGCAGCUGAUCUUUGGCCUUGAUUUCAAGGAGGUGGAGUCCUCUAAUCAGUCCUAUGUCCUUGUCACUGUCCUCGGCAUCUCCUAUGAUGGGUUGUUCAGUGAAGUCCAGGGUAUGCCCAAGACUGGCCUGCUGGUACUUAUUCUGAGCAUAAUUUUCCUGCAGGGUGACAGUGCCUCUGAGGAGGAGGUUUGGCAAACUUUGAAUGCAAUGGGCAUUUGGGCUGGAAUAGAGCACUUUGUCUAUGGGGAUCCCGGGAAGCUUGUUUUUGAAGAUUUUGUGCAAGAGCAGUACUUGGUGCAUCAGCAGGUGCCCGACAGCAAUCCUCCUAGUUACGAGUUUCUAUGGGGUCCGAGGACCUUCGCUGAGACCAGCAAGAUGAAGCUCAUAGAGUUUCUGGCCAGCAUUAGUAGGGUUGAUCCCAGAGCCUUUGGACAGAGGUACGAGGAGGCUCAGAGAGAGGAGGAAGAGAGGGCCCAGGCUAGUGCAAGUGCAGGAGAGGCCCUUGGCCAUUGCAUGUUCUGGGGCCACUAG